AUGGCAGCAUACCCUAUCGGCAAUGACCCGGCGUGCCAGUGGAUUUAUGACCCUUCGACGGGCAUCAUCGACCUCACGCGCAAUGGGCCCGCCGAGACGGCUGUGACCAUACAAACAACGACGAACCCGAUCCGCAUCGACCCCGCCAAGACUGCCAUGGUCAUCAUUGACAUGCAAAACUUCUUCCUGCACCCUGCGUUGGGCAGAUCCGUGUCUGGACCGGGCCUGAACGCGGGUGAAGUCCUUCUCAACAAGAUCCCUGCCGCUCGGGAGAAAGGCAUCCGUAUCCUCUGGGUGAAUUGGGGUCUCACGGACGAUGAGGUGGCGACGAUGCCGCCGGCCAUGAUGAAGGCAUUUACCGUGCUGCAAAAGACACAGGCCGCCGCCGAUGAUGCCCGGCCCAAAAUUGCAAAGAACCCAGCCCUAUACAAGGGGCUCGGUGUGGAUAUCGGCGCCGUCCAGCUGCCCGAUGGAACGACCAUCGAGGCUGGUGGUGCCCUGAUGCGGGACACGUGGAAUGCGGCGCUAUAUGGCGCCCUGGAUGCAGAGUACCGCAAGGGAUUGGCAAUGCCAUCGCGCCCAGACGUGUGGAUCCACAAGAACCGCAUGUCUGCGCUGUGGGGUCCCCAGACUGACCUACAGAAUCAUCUGCAGGCGGACGGUAUCACGACCCUGUUAUUCGCCGGGGUGAACACGGACCAGUGCGUCGGGGGCACGCUGAUGGAUGCCUUUAGCAAGGGUUAUGAUUGCAUACUCUUAAAAGACGGCGUAGCUACCACUUCGCCGCAGUUUGCGACGGAUACGUGGGAGUGGAACAGCGAAAACACAUUUGGUUUUGUCACGUUGUGCAGUGCACUUUAG